AGGACGACCGACGGGGUCAAGAAUAGUACAAGUGCAGUGGUCUGCGACGCGGGGGGCCCCCUCUCCGGACUCCUUCUCUCCGACAACCCCCCUCGAGCCCAAUUGAAUUUAAACCCAGAAAGAGCACCCGCUUGAGAACGAGACAUAGCAGGUAGGAUGCUGAUCAGUCCAAAGACCGUUUCUCAUCAUGGUGGAAAUAAGACGACAACGGGCGUUCUCACAUAGGUCACGGACCGGAUGUCGCACCUGUCAGCUGAAUUAUUAUGUCUGUGCCCACAGGGCUCGACAUGUCAAAUGUGAUGAGGCCCCGGUUGCAUGCCACAACUGCACAGCCACUGGGCGCCGAUGCGACGGUUAUGACCAGAUCCUACCGUCCGCCCCCAAGGCGAAGGCUACCUCGAUAGCCGUGGCCCUUGCCAUGAGCCUCCCCGGCAUGUCUGAAAACGAACGCCAUCACUUUCAGUACUUCGAGAAGAAUACCAUCCCCAUGCUGGCGGCCUAUGGGGAUUCCGAUGUAUGGCAACAGCUGGUGCUGCAGAUGAGCCAAAAGGAGCCAGCUGUGUGCCAUGCCGCGGUCGCACUGAGCGCUAUUCAUGGGGAGUAUGAGCGGAAGGCUACGGGCAGUCGCUUUAUCAGCAGCCACCAUCGCUUUGCGCUGGAACAAUACAACCGCGCAAUGUCCACGAUCCACGAGCGCAUCCAGUCUAAUCACCCGCAGGUGCGGGAGAUUGUGCUCAUGUGUUGUAUUAUCUUCGUCAUCGUGGAGCUUUUUGAAGGCGCACCCAAAAAUGCCUUUACCCAUCUGCAGCAGGGGUUGAACAUCCUGAACAAUAGCCGGUCAGGUCGUGUGUCUAAAGCAGAAACUUCCCUUAAGACGGCGUUUCUGCAUAUGAAUUCUCACCGAGCCAAUUUUGAUGACCCCAAAGUGCUCGUCACGCUCCACCCUUCGCGAGAGCGCUUGGCUGAACCACCAUAUGAGCGGGACAAAUUUCACAGCCUGACUGACGCGAAAGACCGCUUUCGACCUUUGAUGUGCAACAUCUUCAAUUUACGAUCCCGCUGCACCUUUGUCCUCCGAGGUGACGUGGACGUUGACCCUCUGGAGUUGUCCGUGCAGCAGUGCCAGCUGCAGCGCCAGAUUCAUGAUUACCGGGAGGACUUUGAGAAGUUCGUCAGGUCCAAAUGUACCCGGAAGAGAUGGGGUCCGAGAGAGGCUCGUAAUGCAGAUGUGAUCCGGUUGUACAUUGCAACCAUGACCAGCGUUGCUGCUACCAUGCUGGACCCGACGGAGAUGCUCUUCGACCAAUAUCUAUCCGGGUUUAAAAGGGUUAACGAGCUCGUCGAGCAAAUCAUGGAUAGCUUCAAGUCCCAGUUUGGAUCCCUACCGGUCGUGAUCAUGGACAUGGGCAUCGUCCCAGCGCUGCUCUGGUCGUGUGUGAAAUGCCGCGACCUCAAGACCCGUAAACGGUCCUUACAAUUACUGCAAGCAUGGCCACACAGAGAAGCCAUCUAUGACACAACUCUGUGCUGCAUGGUUAGCAACGCGCAUAUCACCACCGAAAAUGAUGCCGCGGAUAAUUCGGGGUUUGUUCCGAUGUCAGCUCGCUUGACAACCCAAACGAUUAGGAUAACGGAUGAUCGGAGUCAUAUAGUUUUCGGGUACACACUGGCUGGGAUAUCUAAAUGGGGCGCGGAUACGAAUGAACGGUUGUUUCCGCUGAAGAUGUGAUGUACGA